CAGGCGAUGAUCACGAUCUUUACUACUGCGCUUACAUAUUGUGCCCUGAAGCAUUUGGGUUGAUUGGAGGAACUCCAAGUUCGGCAGCUGUGGACAGAAGACGCGCCAUGGAAACCUCCAAGCUGAGCUUUCUAUUGCUAGCUGCUGUAACUUUGUUCACAACAGUCAAACAUGUUGCUGGUGAGGCAUUUGAGCAUGGGUUACUGAAAAAUAACGAAAGAAAUUUAACCGAGUCGGCGGAAGAGAGCAACGCUGAUAAGCCCAGGGAAGAAUACGAUGAAUUCCAAGUAAUAUCCUCUGAGAACAAUAGAAUCCAAGAUGACGGAAAAUCUUCCGGUGGGUCUAAAAAACAAGGGACAUCCGCGGGUUCUAAACGAGCUCUACCUGCUUUAGCAGCCACAGUUUUAAAGAAUCCUAAGAUACAGGAGGCUGUUGUUGAUAAGGGAUUGGAAGUAAUGAACAAACUUGUGGAUAAACAACUCAAAAUUAUUGAUGAAGCACAAGAGAAGGCCUCAAGAUUUUUGGCUAGAGAUAUCAAGUUGGAUAUCACGCCUGAUAAAGGAUGGAGCACCCCAGAUAUGUUUGUACCCCCUGGUUAUCACCUGGGAGCAUCUGUUUCGGGUGUACAGAAGGAUGAUAAAGAAGUCGGAGAUGUUCCCUAUGCGUAUGCUCCAGCUACUGGUUUGGGAUACGUGAUGAUGAAUGGAUGCUGGGGAAAGAACUACACAGCAAGUGAUCCUUGUUAUAAUGCCAAAUGGACAUCAAGUGUCUGCCAGAAUAUGAUUGAUGGAGCGGCUUUUCUUGGCGUUGGAUUUGAUGGUCGUGGAGAGUACAGUCCACAGUCAAGAAAAAUGAGCAUUGUGCAACGAAACUGCAAAAACAAGGCAACUUACGACGAAUACGAUGUGCCAGACACCAUGAACGUCCAUGGAAUUUAUGAUACGUCAGCCACAAUGCACACGUUCGAGAGCCGAGGGGAAUUCCAGAAAUAUCUGCAGCAGGAAGCCGGUGUGUCAGGAUCUUUUUUUGGGUUUUAUGCCGGCGCUAAAAAAGCAUGGGGCAGCUCCGAGUCGGGCGCUAAGCAACAGUACAUGUCUGUGCUGGAUGUCGAUGUCGACAGGUAUGAAGUAUUUAUGGACGAAGUUAAACCUCAAGAUUUGAGCUUGACGUUUCUUAGAGAGUUCAUGGGCCUCCCCAAGUCAUACUUCAACGCAGGGGCACCAAUAAAAUACCAAAAUUUUAUCCAGAGAUGGGGAACACACUAUAUCAAAUCAGCUAAAUUUGGAGGUCAACUGGAAAUACGAAAGACAAUGGAUGCUAGUCAGGCAGGGAGUAAGACCCAAUUUUCAGAAAAAAUGGAAGUGGAAUACAAAACUCUUUUCGCAAGUGUUGGAGCAAAAUACAAGAAGGAAGGAGGACACUCAGUGAAGGUGGAAACCAAAACAACAUCAACAGCAGUAGAGGCUAAAGGAGGAAGUCAAGAUAUCGCAUCUAUCCUUUCUGAUGUUUAUGCGCCAACGUUCAAGACAGAGUUCAAGGAGUGGCUACAAUCGAUCCCCCAAUACCCAAAGGCUUUUAAAUUCCAGAUGAAUUCUGUGACAGAAUUGGUGAACUUUCGCGCAAACGAUUUGUUCCCAGAUGAGAAGGUAAAGUGGGGCUGUGAAGGAAAAGCGGCAGAGCUACAAACAGAAAAAGACGGACGUAAGUUCUAUUACAUCACUGGCACGGACGGAAAAAAGGAAAAGGUCUAUUGCGAGUGUGACAGUAGGCAAAGCUUGGAGAUCGCAAUAACGGAUAAAAGGACAAGUCUGCAAAGGGCAAUUGCGAUCUACAUGGAAGAGGGCCCUGUAUCGUUGUCAGAUUUUCGCCUCGAGAAAUGUCCACCCGUACCAAAGACACCCGCUCCACAAACAGGAAAAGUUAGUGACCAAUGGGUGGAAAAGAUAUCAGCUCCUAAAUGGAAAAAACUGACCAGCAGUGACACCACAUUUCAAGUUAACUUUGAUAUGUUGGAUGAUUUGAUAAACCCACUGCAUAGUGCAUUCAGCAUUCCUAAAAAUAUGACUCGGAGUGUUCGCUACAGGAACGGCGAAUGGUACACAAGUGAUAGCAACAAUGCAUUCCACAUGUACAGCGGUUUUAGUGAUUCAACCCACAACCCUCAAAAGCCCAAAAUAUCCAUAUUUGGUCUUACGCUAUCCUAUGAUCAGAAAGAUGGUAACUUGUACCUUGACAAUGAUGAUUUCAAGUCCUCGAGAAAAGUCUUCCCUGCACUUUCUGAUGACAUUAAAGGAAAACCAUUGGCCAGGGUUCAAUCGGUUAGCACGGUCACAGCUGGUCUGUUUGCUGACACACCAGUUGGAUGUGCCAUCAUAACUAUGGUGCCAUGCCAUGCAGAAUGGUCCAAUAUUCUUCGCAUGGACCUUGAGGAUAAGGAAGGGAAAUGUCUGCAUUUUACUGCGGCGUCGAAGGGAACCAUCUAUGUGGUAUUUUCCGCUUCUCCAAAGAAUCUAGAAGCUCGUUAUGUCGUCGAAAUUUCCCCCUCCAAAGUUGUGAUUUUUAAGGGAGAUGAUGCCGCAGCGGGCUCUCCAUCCACAACAAGCAUAGAUGCCGUGGCCCUUGGAGAAAGUGUGCUGUAUGAAUCGUACUUUGUGUGCGUUACCAUUUCUGGCCAAGCAACUUUAAUAGAGUACGGGAAAAGUAUUGGCACGAAAGACGCCGGGAACGUUUACCUCAAUAUGAUUGACAGAAACAGAAACUUUGACAUUCGAUUUUAUGCCUUUGGUAAUAAAGACGAACCAGCGAACAUUAUGGAUGCUCAUGUCGUUUCGCACAAACGCACAGGGGUCACGUGCAAAGGAAACACCGUUAAAGACACCAUCCAAAAUUUGUGUGCCAAGAAUUGUCACAACCAUUGCGAUCCUGUUGCAGGGUGUAAGGCACCUAAUAGUGAUGAACAGUGCUAUGCGUGCCGAGUUGUCAAGGAGGCCGGCACAAAUAGAUGCCUUGAAGAUUGCCCAUCAACAUCCAUGAUAAACAAGAACAAGGAGUGCGUUAGAUCUUACGAUGCCAAAAUGGAAGGGGACUAUCUCGACGAGAGAGACAUCUCAGUUGGGGAUGAAUUUAGCGCAUGUAUGUGGCUGAAGACGGUGGAAGGAACAUGGAGGGGAGAUAGGAUUUACCUGGUUUGGAUGUAUAUGAAAGGAAUGAACAUGCUAACUCAUUUAACGAAGGAAGGAGAAAACAUCAUGCUGGAAUAUGUACACGGUGGUAUCCAUGAAAAACAAAACUUCGAUGUUUUAAAAGACAAGGAAUGGCACCAAUUCUGCAAGUUGUGGUCAAUCAACACGGCGGCGUGGUCAUUUUAUAUUGAUGGUAAGAGGGUUAAGUACGGAACUUAUAACGACUUCAUUGGGAGACGAUUAGCCAAAAUAGAAUUCGCUAGGUCAGGUAAUACGAUGAAAAUGCUGGUCACACAAUUCAACAUCUGGCACCGAGUCCUCACCAACCAAGAAAUCGAAACCUUUGCAAAAACGUGCAACCAGGGAAUAGGAAACAUUUUGUCCUGGGCUGAUCUGUACGAUAAAUCAAAGGAAAGUCGUUACGUCCGUCCUUCCUCGUGUAAAGCCGCUCCCGAAUUUUUGUCAACAACAGCAUCGACGACCACAGAUGCGUCAACCACAAAGGCUCCCCUAGGAAAACGCGUAUUUCUGUACAAGACGAAGACACUCUCAGACUUGGGAAACACUUAGGGAAAGAAAUGAAUUAAGUCUUCGCAACUUAACAUUUUGCAAAGUUACCUUGGGAAUUUAAAACAAGAAUAAAAAUAAGGACUUAUAUACGUACAAGUUACCAUAAUAAUAAAUUAAUAAUGAUGAUUUAUUAAAAAAACUUACCUCAAGCGUUAUUCAUAGAAUGAACUACAAAACCAUAUGCUAAACAAACAUGAUAGAAACUGUCUUGAAGCAACUAUAGGAACUAACAACUCCUCGUGUUCUUCUUGCGUCAUUGCAAUGAUA